AUAACCUUUUUGACAGAUCGGUUGAAAAUGGCCUUAGAAGGGAUUUAAGGCGGGAGAGAAGCACAGAGAGAGCAUCUGUGCGAACACCACAAAAGAUCAUGGAGGAGAAGCUGAGAUCAGCCAUUGGAAUCCCAAAAGACGUGCUCGUGAACAAGGAGCUGGGUCUGAUCAUGGAAGAACACCGCCAGAAGAGGAAGGACAAAGCCGACAUUGCUGAUCCCUCGAACCCCCUUUUCAUCUGUUCACGGUGGCGGCAGCAUUGGCCCUCUAUCAAACCCUUCCUCAACGGCGGAGCUAUCGGCGUUCUUGCGGGCUCCUGGGCUUCCCUUUACUACUCCAAGAGCUGUAUGUAUGCUCAGUGUCGCCAGAUUCCGAUGCUCCACGGUUAUACCAAGAUUCUUCCCGGGGCGAUUUACAUUCAUGUGUUGACGGUGAGCCAGCAAUUGGGAUUGUAUGAGAUUUUGAGAAAUAAAGCAAUUGCUACCAACAAGGGAAUGCCACCCACUCUUUGUCAAGAGGCUGCUUGUGGGUUGGCUGUUGGAGCAACUGGAGCAUUGAUCAAUUUUCCAUUAUACUCUGGGUAUCUUGGGUAUAAUUGUCAUCAAUCAACCGAACGAUUUCCUAUUUACAGAUACGUAUUUUCAUUUGUCCGUACUAUGGCAACCCAGAGAGCUUUGUUUCGAGAAAUGUGGAAUUAUGUUGGUCCUUUUCUGAAGAGGAAGAUGUGGUUGGACAUGGGCAUGCUCGCAUCAUAUAAUCCAAGCCUUGAUUAUCUCAGGGAGUCUUGUGGUUUUAGUGAAGCAAAAGCACAAUUGGGUGCAAGUGCUUUGUCAGCAUUCUUUGCUGCAGCAUGCAGUUUACCCUCAAAACACAUUCGCAUAGUCAGACAAGAAACUGGAUAUGCUAGCUCUCUGGAUUGUGCCCUUGCAAUUCUAAAAUCAAGAGGUCCUCUUGGCUUCUUUACUGGAUUCCCCACAUGUUUUAGCCGUGUUGCACUUCCUAUCAUGACUACAUGGUUUGUCUUGGAAAAGAUUCGGAAUCUCGAGAUAUCAAUUGGACUGUAGCAAAUCUGGAAGUCUGCGGUGAGAUCUCAAGUCAGUUAGGCUAGUCUGCAUCAAUGGUUGUCCACUCUUGGAAUUACAUUUAGGAUUUCUGCCUACUUAAGCCUCACCAUUUGUCUAUUUCCUUUUGAUUUCAUAUUUUGUUUCCCCUUUGUUUUGUGAAUAUGUUGGGGAAAUGUUAUGCAAUACGGAUACCAUUAACAACGAAACGGUUUGUGACUCUUUCCCUUACUUCGCUUGUAGAAUCGAACUGGAUUUUAAUCCCCUUUCGUCUAAUUUAACCAACUUUUGGUUUAGUGGUGUUUCCUCCUCUUUGGUUGGUUUUAUGUACAACGAUUUUGGAGUUUGGUUUUAUAUAAUAGUUGAAACCCUA